AUGACCGUGAAGGCUACAACCAUACUCAUCUGUCAGGAUCUGAGGUUUGAGCUUAUCUUCAAGGACAAAAAUGCCUUUGAAUUUGCCAAGUCAGGUGACAAUGACACAUGUGGGCCUGUGCCAGGGAGCAUCCUGAGACAGGUAACAAAGUCCAGCCCUCGAGCACUGGGCUAUACCAACCACAACGGCGACUGGGGCUCAGGCAGGCACCCGGUUCUUGCAGAGCACCCCGGCCCCGGGGAGUCUGGGUCAGGUCCUACCUACCUCUCCGCUGGGCUAACACAAACUGGCGAGGAUACAAGGGGCCCUUGUUACCUGGACCAGGACCUGCGGAAAGGCUCCUUACCCGGAAGAGGACAAAUUGUCCCUUUUACUGGGGCUGACACAGGCCCUUUACUCGUGAGUAAUGGUGUCAUGAAAACUAGGCCUGAAACAGGAACAGUUGUGAACUAUCCAGCCACAAAAUCCCUUUUAUGGUGGGUGUAUGCAACCGCUUUCGAGGAACCCCAAGUCUUGGAGCGUCUGUGGGCACCUCGCUCCCCCAGCGGGAACAGCAGUUUUCUCUUCUGGCCCCACCACAGCGAACCCCAAGCUCAAAACCAACAGAAUGAAGACCAGCUCAGGCGACGUCAACUGAAGAAUGUGGCGGGCAGCAAAAUUCUGGCCGAGGUGGAGAAAAAGAAAAGGCUUUCCGCUCUAACCUAUCAGUAUAGCUUUCUCCCUCUCCCUCGGUCAUUCCACGAACUGUUCUCAAAAGAGGAAAACAAUUCCAAAGCUGCUCAGCCUCUCGGUGAGAAGCGAAACUAUAGAUUCUCCGUCAAAACCGUGGAUUCUAGGAGGAAUAGGGUAAGGGAAAGGAGGGUUCUGGAAGGCAACUACAGCUCCCGUGGGGCCUUGCGCGGACUCGCCGGCGGGGAACCAGGGGCGGGCCAUGGUAGGGAGGAAGGCCGAGGGUCACCGGGCUCCUCCCGACUUCCUGAACGUGAGCCAGCAGGCGGCGGGACCUGGGGUGGGCGGAGCGCGGCGGCGUCCGGCCCCCCCGCGCUUUGUGUCCGCCUCUCAUCCGCUCCCCGGACCGAGACGUGCGGGGGGCGUGGCCCGCGCGGAGGCUGGUGGGGGAGCGAGCGCUGCGGGACGUGUGUGACGCGUCUCUUUCCAGCUCAGCGGUGUGUGAGGUGUCGCGGCCCCGCCGGCGAUUGGCUGUUGAGAGGCGAGUACGCGGCGGCCGUUGGUCGCCGGCACGGUGGCGGCGGUUCCAGGAGGCGGGCGCGGACGGACCGGCGGCCUCAGCAGCAGCAGCAGCGGCAGUCCCCGGAGUCCUGUGAAGCGCCCCUGUCCGCGCCGCUGUGGGCCCCGCGUAGAGGGCGGCCGGAACGCGCGCCGCAGAGGAGCCGCUCCCCUAGCGCCACAGCCUCCAGGGCUCUCGCUCCCAUCCUCUCGCUUCUGCUCCGGCUCCUCCAUCUUGGCCUCGGCAGUGGCGGCUGCCGGGAGGAUGUGCCGCCUUCUGGCAGGGGGAAGAAGGAGGAGAAGAUGAAGAAGUACCGGCGGGCCUUGGCCCUGGUCUCCUGCCUCUCUCUGUGCUCCCUGGUCUGGCUUCCCAGUUGGCGUGUAUGUUGUAAAGAAAGUUCUUCACCUUCAGCAUCAUCAUAUUACUCUCAAGAUGACAAUUGUGCACUAGAAAAUGAAGAUGUACAAUUCCAGAAAAAGGUCGAAAGAGAGGAACCUAUCAAUGCUGAAUUAUCAGGAAAAUCGGGUUCAAAUUUACCUGUUCCUCCAGAAGAACAUAAAUUAAAAGAUGACUACAUUGUGGAUGUACAAAAAAUGGAGUCAAAAAAGUUAAGUCCACCUGUAGUUGAGACACUCCCUACAGUUGAUUUACAUGAAGAUUCUUCCAGUGUAGUUGUGGGCAGUGAAAAUGUUGAAAAUAUUUCCAGCUCAUCUACCUCAGAAAUCACUCCUGUCUCAAAGCUUGAUGAAAUAGAAAAAUCUGGUACUAUCCCUAUAGCCAAAACAAGUGAAACUGAGCAAUCUGAAACUGAUUGUGAUGUUGGUGAGGCCCCUGAUGCAAGUGCUUCAGUUGAACAACCUUCCUUUGUCAGUCCACCUGAAAGCCUUGUUGGUCAGCAUAUAGAAAAUGCGUCGUCUUCACAUGGCAAAGGAAAGAUAACAAAAUCAGAAUUUGAAUCAAAAGUUGCAGCAAGUGAAAAGGGUAGUGAUGAUCCAAAAUCUGCAUUGAAUGCUUCAGAUAAUUUAAAAAAUGAGGCCAGUAUAGGAUUUCCUGAAGAAGUGUCAACACAGCAGUUUAGGCUCCCCUCAGGUCAGUCAAUGCAUCCAUCUUCUAAUGGAGGUUCACAUGCCACCAAAAAAGUUCAGAAAAAUCGAAAUAAUUAUGCCUCAGUAGAAUGUGGUGCCAAAAUUCUGGCAGCUAAUCCGGAAGCCAAGGUGGAGUUGGUAUCGCAUUUUGGAUCAGAGCACUUUUGUCCAUUAAGCCUUAUAAGGGUAUUUGGCACUAGCAUGGUGGAAGAAUAUGAAGAAAUUGCUGAUUCCCAGUAUCACUCAGAACGUCAAGAACUCUUUGAUGAGGAUUAUGAUUAUCCACUGGAUUAUAAUACUGGGGAGGAUAAAUCAUCAAAAAAUCUUCUUGGUUCUGCUACAAAUGCCAUUCUAAAUAUGGUGAAUAUUGCUGCUAAUAUUCUGGGAGCAAAAACUGAAGACCUGGCAGAAGGAAAUAAAAGUAUAUCUGAGAAUGCCACUGCCACAACUGCACCUAAAAUGCCUGAAUCAACUCCUGUUUCAACUCCUGUUCCAUCUCCUGAGUAUAUAACCACUGAAGUACAUGUACAAGACAUGGAGCCAUCAAAACCAGAUACUCCAAAAGAGAGUCCCAUUGUACAAUUAGUUCAAGAGGAAGAAGAGGAGGCAAGUCCAUCUACAGUGACCCUUCUGGGCAGCGGUGAACAGGAGGAUGAAUCAUCACCCUGGUUUGAGUCAGAGACACAAAUAUUUUGCAGUGAACUGACCACAAUUUGUUGUAUUUCUAGUUUUUCAGAAUAUGUAUUUAAAUGGUGUUCAAUUAGAGUUGCUCUUUAUUGGCAGCGCAGCAGAACUGCUCAGAGUAAAGGAAAAGAUUAUCUUGUGUCAGCUCAACCACCAUUACUGCUACCUGCAGAAUCAGUAGAAGUUUCAGUAUUGCACCCUCCGAGUGGAGAAUUGGACAGUAAGGAUAUGCAACGGGAAGCUGAAAUUGUUCUUGGUGACUUAAGUAGUAUGUACCAAGGCGAUGUGAUGAAUCACACUGUAGAUGCAAUUGAACUUGAACCAAGCCAUCCUCAAACUCUUUCUCAGUCCCUUUUCUUAGAUAUUACUCCAGAAAUCAAUUCUUUGUCUGAAAUAGAAGUAUCUGAGUCUGUUAAAUAUGAGGCAGGACAUACACCAUCACAAGUGAUUCCCCAAGAGAGUUCUAUUGAGGUUGAUAAUGAAACAGAAAAAAAAUUUGAGAGCUUUAGUUCUAUAGAGAAGUCAUCUGCUAUCUAUGAAACAAAUAAAGGUAAUGAGGUAAUGGAUGAUAUUAUAAGAGAAGACAUGGACUCUAUGCAAAUUACCACAAAGCUAUCUGAAACAAUAGUGCCAACUUUAAACACAGCCACUGUACCAGACAGUGAAGAUGGGGAAGCCAAAAUGAACAUAGCUGACACACCAAAGCAAAUUUUGACUCCUGUUGUGGAUUCUUCUUCAUUACCUGAAGUAAAAGAGGAAGAACAAUCUCCAGAAGAUGCCCUUUUAAAAGGGUUACAGAGAACAGCUACAGAUUUUUAUGCUGAAUUGCAAAAUUCUACAGAUCUAGGAUAUGCUAAUGGAAAUCUUGUACAUGGAUCAAACCAGAAGGAGUCAGUAUUUAUGAGACUUAAUAAUCGUAUUAAAGCCUUAGAAGUUAACAUGUCUCUCAGUGGUCGCUAUCUGGAGGAGCUUAGCCAAAGGUACCGAAAACAAAUGGAAGAAAUGCAAAAGGCUUUCAAUAAAACAAUAGUAAAACUUCAGAAUACUUCAAGAAUAGCAGAGGAGCAGGAUCAGCGGCAAACUGAAGCUAUCCAGUUACUACAGGCACAACUGACUAACAUGACACAACUGGUUUCAAACUUAUCAGCAACAGUGGCAGAAUUAAAACAGGAGGUUUCAGAUCGACAAAGCUAUCUUGUCAUAUCUUUGAUUCUUUGUGUUGUCUUGGGACUGAUGCUUUGUAUGAAGUGUUGUCGAAACACUUCUCAAUUUGAUGGAGACUAUAUUUCAAAACUUCCUAAAAGUAAUCAGUAUCCAAGCCCUAAAAGGUGUUUCUCUUCCUAUGAUGAUAUGAAUUUGAAAAGAAGAACUUCAUUCCCACUCAUCAGAUCCAAGUCUCUGCAGUUAACUGGCAAAGAAGUAGAUCCAAAUGAUUUGUACAUUGUAGAACCUCUUAAGUUCUCUCCAGAAAAAAAGAAGAAACGCUGCAAGUACAAAAUUGAAAAAAUUGAGACCAUAAAGUCUGCAGAUCCAUUGCACCCUAUAGCCAAUGGAGACAUAAAAGGAAGGAAGCCCUUUACGAACCAGAGAGAUUUUUCUAAUAUGGGGGAAGUGUAUCACUCUUCUUAUAAGGGUCCUCCAUCUGAAGGAAGCUCAGAAACUUCAUCACAGUCAGAAGAGUCCUAUUUUUGUGGCAUUUCAGCUUGCACAAGUCUGUGCAAUGGACAGUCUCAAAAGACAAAAACUGAGAAGAGGGCCUUAAAACGAAGGCGAUCUAAAGUCCAAGACCAAGGAAAAUUGAUAAAAACUCUAAUACAGACUAAGUCGGGAUCAUUGCCGAGUCUUCAUGACAUAAUCAAAGGAAACAAAGAGAUCACCGUGGGAACAUUUGGUGUUACAGCAGUCUCGGGACAUACCUAAAAUUAAUUGAACUUUUCAUACUGGAGACUUUUUUUGUUCUUUGAAGAACAGUCUGUGGUAUUUGAAGGGUUUGGGGAGGGAGAAAAUGGGAAAAGUAUUCAGAAAUUAUGGUUUCUGCCUUUUUAAAAAGUAGAUGGGAUUGUGUCAAUCUUGAUUAAUGAGCUGCAGUUUUACAAGGCUGAUCACUUCCUACAAGGACAAUGGUAGACAUUUUAUAAAGAUGUUUUUUCACAUAUUAAUCACUGGGACAAAAGUAAUUUGGAAGCCCAGUUCCUUGGGUGGGAUAGGAAUGAAAGCCUAAACCUCUUCCUUUAGCUUUGUUCCUAUUUCUUGCACCUUCCCAUAUUUAUGUGCCUUUUGUCUAUUUAUAAUGCCACUGGAAGAGGAGGGAGAACCUUUUCUGUCAUUUGAUUUCUUUUAUAACUUUGUUAGGUUUUUGAAGCUGCAAACACUACAAGGCUUUUAAGGUGGUCUGUGCCUGAAGCUCGGCAAUGUGGGUCAGACAGUGUAAAAAUCCUAAAGACUUGCCAACUAGAUCUCUGUUUAGCAAACUCAUUGGAAAUAAACACUUGCUGGAUUUUUAAAUUCUGUUCUUUUAGGUUUAGGUAAAUGGUGAUGCUGUUUAUCUUAUUUUCAUCUAACUUAUUCAGACUUUUUCCUUAGUUACUAACUCAAUGAGGGAAAAAAAGACCAACUAUAAGGUUUUUUUUUUUUUUUGCAAAUAACUGGUAUUUGCAAACAAAUUUUUGAUAAAUUCACCUUUGAAACACAUUUCACCAUUUGUAAAGGUUUUCUUUAGCUACAUUACAUUUUAAAAGUUCACAGUAAACACUAAUCUUCCAAAGUUUCAUAUCACAGUUUUCUAUUACUACAAAUAUAAAAUUUGAAGAUUUAGCAAAUGAGCCAGGUCUCAUAUGAUGUAAUCACUGCCUAUGUACCUAUACACAGAUCCAGCUAGUGAGUUUGUCAAGCCUUGUCUAAUUGGUUAAGUCUAAAAGAUCACUAUUCCUUGAUGUUUGCUUUGUAUUGGCUACAAAUGUGCAGAGGUAUACAUGCGUGAUGUCAAUGUGUCUGUCUUCAUUUGUGUUUUUUUCUUUAAAAAAUAAUUAGCAAUGACUGUAUUUGAAUUAAAUGAUUUCUCAGUGUGUGAUUGUACAGUAAUGAGUGAAAGUGGAACAUGUUUCUUUUUGAAAGUGAGAGAAUUGACCAUUUUGUGUUGUGAGAUUUAAGUUAUAACUUAUUGAGCACUUUUAGUAAUAACUUUUUUAAACAUGUCUAAUACCUUUCUUGGGUAUUAUUUGUAAUGUGACUUAUUUAAAGCCUUUUUUGUUUGUUUAAGUUGCUGCUUUAGGUUAACAGUAUGUUUUAGAAGAUUCAACUUUUUUUCCAUUCUGCACAAUUAGCCAUUCAGAGCAAGAGGGCCUGAUUGUAUAGAAGCCCCUUGAAAAGAGGUCCAGAUGAGAGCAGAUGUAGAGCGGGAAGUUACGUGAUCUGUGUGUUGUGGAAAGAGGACUUUCAGUGUGUAACUACAGAGCUGUAGUGCCAUUAGAAACUGUGAAUUUCCAAAUAAAUCCGAACACUUGUCUUUAUUAA